ACUGGGUACGGUACCGGUACGUAUAUCGAGGUGAAAUUUUCGUUUCGCCGAAACAAUUGUGAAAGUAUGGCGAUGAAUUACGCUGGAACAAGUUCGGGUACCGGUUCGCGAGUUGAGGACCACAGGAGAAAGUGGGACCGAGAUGAAUAUGAGAAGCUUGCUAAGGAACGUUUGGAUCAGGAGCUUGAAGCUCAGGCAGAGAAAGAGAGGAGGAGAAAAGAACCUGUUGUCAAGCGUGAGCUUCUCAAGCAGCGUGAUUACAAGGUUGACCUUGACUCAAAGCUGGGGAAGUCCCAGGUCAUCACCAAGACAACUCCUUCCUCUCAGAUGGGCGGAUACUACUGUGAUGUUUGUGAUUGUGUUGUUAAAGACUCCAUCAACUUCCUGGAUCACAUAAAUGGCAAAAAACAUCAAAGAAAUUUAGGAAUGUCAAUGAAUGUCGAGAGGUCGUCCUUAGAUCAAGUCAAAAAGCGGUUUGAGAUGAACAAGAAAAAAGUGGAAGAAAAGAAAAAGGACUAUGAUUUUGAAGCCAGGUUACAAGAAUUGAAAGAAGAGGAAGAAAAGCACAAAGCAUAUCAGAGAGAGAAGAGGAAAGAAAGGAAAAGAAGAGCUGAUGAUAGAGGGAUAGAUGGAAUGGAUCCAGACAUGGCAUCUAUGAUGGGUUUUGCUGGAUUUGGGAGUAAUAAAAAGAAAUACUGAAGAACACCUGCAGGACAGAACACAUCUGAUUGUGGAACAUCAAAGAAAGCAUACCGGUGGCUCCAAGUCCAGUUGUAAGAGUGCAAUCUAUCAUAUUUUUAGUGUUGCAAGAUUGAAGUAUGAUAUGGGUGAUGAUGAGAUGAUAAAUUAGUUUACUGAGCUAGAAAGUGUAUCAUGAAGCACUGUGUCAGUGAUUUUCAAACAAAUUUAAUCUGAGCCAAUCAUUUAUGCAAGGAUUAUUAGUAGCUUAUAAUAAAUAGGCUGUGAAAAUCACUGACUUGUUUCAUGGAUUGCUGUCCCAAAUUCUAACACUAAACUUGGGCUAAUAUUCUGACCUCUGGUAGUUCAGUCAAGCUAUGGUCAUGCAUGCUAAAAUGUUUGGAAGUCACAGUGUCUGAAGAUUGUUUCACUCAGGUUUCUCACUUAGGUUUGAAAUUCUUAAUGCAUUUAUGUUUAAAAACCGAUUGUAGUUACCAUUCUUGAGUAGUAAAAGUUUGAGUGCCAAACAUAGGGAUGCCAGUUGGAAUUGAU